AUGGCGGGUCUCCGUCCGUCCAGGUUUUUCUGGUCCCUCGUGGAGCGACUCCCCACCACAGUUUCAGAAAUGCUCCAGCGAGCCAACCACUCUGUCGCGGCGGAAGCCUGGAUGUCGGGGAGACACGAGGAACAUAAAAGGCCUCGGACGGAGCCACUGCGAGGGCAGUUGCCCGGCCCGCUGAGGCGAAGGUCGGACCGGUCCGACCCCUCCGCGCCGAGGUCGCCACUCCCCGUUAUGGGAGCGUCCCGAACGCAGAUAUUCCUCCAGAUAAAGGAGAAGGGGCUGCUCCAGACCCCCAGUCCGAUGAGGAGCCCACGGGAGCUCGCGGACAAGACGCGGUAUUGCCGCUUUCACUGGCAAAACGAGCAUGACACGGAAGAGUGCCGUGAGCUGAAGCGACAGAUCGAGGAGAUGAUUCGGAGAGGUCACCUCGAUCGCUAUCUACGACAGGGUAAAGAGUUUUCCCCCCGGCCCGAGGGCCCCGUCGAAAGUCAGAUUGACGUGAUCACGGGCGGCCCGGCAUCUGGGGGAAGUAGCAUGUCCGGGCGGAAAGCAUACGCCCGCGUUGCCGCAACCGAAGACCCUGGGCGCGGGUCCGAACCCGAGGUCACGUUUCCCCCCGAGAGGGACAUGCGGCCCGAGCACGAUGACGCGUUGGUGGUGGCCGCCAGAAUCGCCAACGCCCAAGUAAGGAGGAUCAUGGUCGACACUGGAAGUUCGGCCGACGUCCUUUAUCUAGACGCCUUCCAGAAACUCGGGCUCUCCUACGACGCCCGAAAGCCUAUGAACUCAGCGCUCACCGGGUUCACCGGUGAAUCAAUUUCACCGCUGGGCGCGAUCACCUUACCCUUAACCCUCGGGGAAGUGCCGAGGACGAAGACGGUGAUGGCAACUUUCUUGGUGGUCAACCUCCCCAUCGCUUACAACGCGAUUCUGGGGCGCCCCACCCUUAACAAAUUCAGGACGGUUAUCUCCACCUACCACCGAACCUUGAAGUUCUCGACCCGAGCAGGGGUUGGAGUGGCCCGGGGGAGCCCCCGCGAGUCAAGGCAGUGUUACUUGACCGCGGUCUCCCUGCACAAAAGAAGGACGGCCGAACUGCCCCUCAAAGACCCCCGAGAAGCGAAAAAGCCGGCUCAGCACCCCGAGCCGAUGGAGCCUACGGUGGAUGUGCCAAUAUUUGAGGGACGUCCCGAUCGGACGAUCAAGCUCGGGUCAGAGCUUCCCGAGCAGGAACGAGACUAG